UUUUCCCGGAGAGCCUCGGUGAGGUUCGCUGUCAAAAGCGCUGCUGCAAAGAGGGCAGAGACCGUGUUUGUGCAGAUAUCUAUCAUUUCUCGUGUAAAGUGGGUGCUGUGGCGUAAUAAAACACAUUUACGCCUGUGAAGUGAAGCAACCUGCCUCUCCACAAAUGCAAGCUAUUAAAUGCGUGGUUGUCGGCGACGGGGCGGUGGGUAAAACCUGUCUGCUGAUCAGCUACACCACAAAUGCCUUCCCUGGCGAGUACAUCCCUACAGUGUUUGAUAACUACUCUGCCAAUGUGAUGGUCGAUGGCAAACCGGUCAACCUUGGCUUAUGGGAUACAGCGGGACAGGAAGACUACGAUCGCCUCCGUCCCCUCUCGUACCCGCAGACGGAUGUGUUUUUGAUAUGCUUCUCAUUGGUGAGCCCAGCAUCCUUUGAGAACGUCCGUGCAAAGUGGUACCCCGAGGUGCGACAUCACUGCCCCAACACACCCAUCAUCCUGGUGGGCACCAAACUGGAUCUGCGAGAUGAUAAGGACACCAUCGAGAGGCUGCGGGACAAAAAGCUGUCGCCCAUCACCUACCCUCAGGGUCUGGCCAUGGCCCGAGAGAUCGGUGCAGUGAAGUAUCUGGAGUGCUCUGCUCUGACUCAGCGCGGUCUAAAGACUGUAUUUGACGAAGCCAUCCGCGCCGUCCUCUGCCCUCCGCCCAUCAAAAAACGUGGCAAGCGCUGCACUCUCUUCUGAGUAAACGCCACAACAGUUCCUUGCACUCCACACAAAACUACAAUAUUUUUAAUCAGCCUCUUGGAGAAUAUAUUGUACUACUCUUACAGGUUCGGUGACAGCCGUCCAUCAAGUUCUAAUGCACAUUACAUGAAGAUGAACUAUUGGCUAGAUGCGUCCAGUCGGAGGAAAACCUUGUGGUAGAUGAUGUUUGUUUUAGUUUUUCACAGCCUCACACGCCCAGAGACGUAAUAUUCAAUUUCAGAUCGUUUAGAUGAGAAGUUUUAGUGGUACGGUGUAAUUGAUGACAUACUGUAAGGAAGUGUUUCUUGGUGUUGUAAAGGAAGCGUGUCAAAGAAAUGGGAUCUUGUAUAAAGCUAACCAUUCGCAGUAUUAGCAUUGCUGACGGCGUUAAAGUCAACAUGAAACCACAUUCGUGAGACAUAACAGGAUAUUCAGUGAAAAAGAAAUGUUGCAAAUGUUUGGAAUGUGAGAAGUGUCGGUGGUCAUGGAAGGGUUAACGUUUUGCAUACCUUCUCACCAAGUUAUUAAAAAAAAAAAAAAAAAAAAAACAUUAUGUUCUCCAGUGUUUUUGAAUGUUUCAAUACGUUUUUUUUUUCUUGGUUAUGCAAACGUCACGUUUUAUCAUUUUGCAAACAUUAUGGGAAUGUUACUUUUGAAUGUUCUCCGAACGUUCUGAAGCAAGUGGUUACAUUUAAAAAGCAGAAUGUUCCAGAAACCAAACGUUCCAUGAAUGAUGUAUCAUUUUUAUGCUAACAUUUUAAGAACAUUAUUAAAGAUGCUGAAUGAACACUGAAUUAAUAUUACAGGAAAAACAUGUUCAUAACUUUUUCUGGAAUGUUAUUCAAGCUAGAGUUCCUUGUUAUUAUUAUUUUUCUAUUAAGGGAACAUUCCAUUGUAUCAUUUUGCAAACAUUAUGGGAAUGUUACAUUUGAAUGUUCUCGGAACUUUCUGAAACAAUAGUGACUUUCAAAAGUUCUAAGUGUUUCAGAAUUAAAUGUUUCUGCUAACAUUAUUAAAGACCUGAUAACUCUGAAUGAACACUGUAAUAAUGUCACUGGAAGAAUAUUUGUUCAUAACUUUGCCAGAACUCUGUGUUAGCUGGGAAUAUUGUCAUUUGGAAAAAGAUUUUGGAAUAAUGUGCAUCGCUGAAGAACUGAAAUAGGGUCCGUUUGAUUUCAUGUCGACUUAAAAGCCUCAUGCAUUUAUGAACACUAGAUGUUUUCUUCUUUUCAACUCUUUAACAACUGGGCCGUUCCAAACUCUGAGGAGCGAAACUGUGAAACUCGAACAUUUAUGUUGAUACAAACUAAUCGAUGCAGCUUGUGAAAACACUGGUUUUGGAUUUUCUUUCUUUUCUAGCUUUCCAUGUACCGAUAAACCACAGAUGAAGGGUUUUCUGGUACAGCUUCACGAUCUGAAGUCUCUGUCUGAACAAAUGUCCAUCAGUGUGUGUGUACGAGUGAGUUGUAUGCCACAACCAGAAGCCUGACCGUGUCUGUAACUGAAGGGCAUGCAUGGACAUUUGUUCCUGAUCUUGAAGUUAAUGUGUGUCUGCAUGUGGUGUGAGUGUAGUGACGUGGUUGUGAGUCUACAUGAUCACAAACAGUAUCCUGCAUCCGUCCUUUGACUAUGUAAAUAACUCUCAAAAAAAAAAAAAAAGAUCUUCAUAGAUGCCAAAAGACAUUUCCAUGAUGUAAAAUAGUAUAUUUACAAAAUGUUUUAGAUGAGCAAUGCAUUAAUAAAUCUAUUCAUGUUUUACCCUUAA